CUGUUAAUAUUGAGUUAUUCUUGUAGGCAAAAGAUAUUGCUAGAAUGCAGAACAAAUGGCUCGUGGUUAACAUACAGUCCACCAGGGAAUUCAGCUCGCACAUGCUCAACCGUGACACAUGGGCAAAUGAAGCUGUUGCUCAAACCAUCAAAACCAACUUCAUCUUCUGGCAGGUAAAUGAUAAUAAAGAAGAAGGCAGCAAGGUUUGUACCUAUUACAAAUUAGACUCUAUGCCCGUGAUUCUGAUAAUUGAUCCAAUAACGGGUCAGAAAAUGCGCUCUUGGCUUGGAAUGGUUCAACCAGAAAAUCUUUUGGAGGAUCUUUUACCAUUCAUGGACAAUUGCCCAUCUGAUCAUCACGUCAGUCUGUCUCAUAAACGUCCAAGAGGAAAUUCUCAAGGACCACCUUCCAGUGUUCAAGUUAUGCCUGGUAAGACACUGUUUUGGCAUCAUCAUCUAAAUCUGCUGCUGCUGGAAAUAUCUAAUGAUACUUACAUAGCUUCAACAUAA